CAAGCAGCACAAACUGUUGAAUUUCUGAACACACAGCCCAAAUACUUGAUGUUGAACAUACAGCUCGAAUUGGUUGAGAGUUGAACACGCAGCCCAAACUGUUGAAUUUCUGAACACGCAGCCUGAAUUUUGAGGUGAACCCACAGCACACACUGGUUGAGAGUUUGAACGCGCAGCCCAAACUGUUGAAUUUCUGAACAUGCAGCCCGAAUACUUUAUGUUGAACACGCAGCUCAUGGCAUUGUAUUUGAUUUAAUUUGCACACAGCUCACAUACUUUAUUUUGAAAUUGAAUAUAUGUGUUCAUUCUGAAUGCAUGUGUCUUCCCGUAUUACAUGAGGAUAUGGAUCGAUCAUCGCCAGGGAGUGGUACGCGGAGCUCCCAGAGGCCGUUCGCGAUCUGGUUGACCAGGUAGGGUUCGGACCCUUCUAUACGGGAGUAUCACGUUAUCCAGCGAGCAGGACCCUGAAGGGCGCCCUCGUAGAGAGAUGGUGGGACACCACCAACUCCUUCCAUUUCUCAGCUACCGGGGACAUGACGAUGACCCCGUUCGACUUUGCCGUGCUGACAGGCCUUGACGUAGGAGGCUGGCCGAUCCCCUAUGACGAGGAUAUAGGUGAGUGUGAGGCUGCCUGGAUUUAUUUGUUGGGAGCUCGCCCACUGGUUGACAGAUCUUCGAGCCGCGUCCGGUACAUUUGGUUUUCCACACAGUUCAGGGAGGCUGUGCCCGAGACUCCCGAGGAGAUAGCACAGUACACUUGGGGAUUUUUGAUGUUCCUUUUCGGGACCACUCUGUUCUCCGAUAGGGGGAACACCGUUGGACUUUAUCUGCUGAGUGCUCUGGUAGACCUAUCACAGGUCAGCCGGUAUGACUGGGGUGGCGCCGGCCUGGCUACCCUCUACUGCUACAUGAGUGUAACCUCCCACGGAUGGGGGAACAUAGUUGGCGGCUAUUGGAGAGCCUGGGAGCUAUGGGUUUUCGCAUACUUUCCAACACUAGCCCCGGAGCUUGAGGUGGAGGUGCCUCUCACGAUUCCUUACUCACUUGUAUUAGAGGGUCAGUACCGGCCGAGGGCCCGAGAGACUUUGCCCUACCUGCGGCAGUUUUUUGACACAGUGCGGACGACCGAGAUCACAUGGUAGCCCUGGGCGCCUUUGGGUGGAGAUACCCGAUUUCAGUUUGCUGGGGGAUGGGCCGCUUCUCGGUACAGGAUCCUAUUUGAGGGGCCCGUUGGUAGGGCCUGGUUUCUGGGGGACCGCUUCAUGCGCCAGACUAUGGGUUACCCCGAGCAGAGUGUCCCCGCAGCACCUCCGGACGAUAUGCGGUCUACUGAGGGGCUCACUCCCCAGGAUGUCGAUAACGCCAUGUUGGAUACCGACAUACUUCUACAUUUGGAGGAGGGGGAGUACGCGACUUACCGUCAUAUAUACUUGAUGCCUCCAUUGACAGGUGUCCGUACUCCCACGAGGAGGUCUGCUGGCAUGCCAUCAUCGACCCGGGCCCGGGCUGCAGAUAUUCCUUCGACCAGCAGGGCCGGCACAUUGAGAGGUGGGGUUGGACUGGUCCCCCCAAUUCCCCUGACUUAUCAUCAUGCCGGAUGGCCAGAUAUCCCGACUGAGUUGACAGGAUGGCGAUAUGGGACUUCUUACCCGAUUCCGAUAGAGCACCCUAUGCCCGAUCACCGAUACAUCAGUGAU